UUGGUUAAAAUUCUUUAGGUACAGAACCUAAGCUGCUCGCUCUUCAGUCUCUCUCUCCAUUGUCCUCAUGCUCUUUUACUUUUUCGAAUCUCUCUAUUUCUCGGUGCAGAGCUGCAGAUUGCUUCGAAUCUGAAGGUGAGAGCUUCGCAAGUAUAGCAUUUCUGGAACUGGUGAGGCGCUUUUCUGCUAAAGGGAGGUUGGGUUUGGCCGGAGGGAUCUCGCUGGGGGUGGCGAGCUGGGAAUCUAGGGCAGCGGUGAGGCUCAAGUUGGAGUGGCUUUGGUGUUGUGAACACUGGUGAGAGGUGGUUUUUUGAGUUUGUGGGCUGGUUGGAGGCUUCACCGUCCGAUCUGCUGGUGGGGGUUCUCUCCAAGCAGGGGAGUUUGCCUCUGCGAGCUAGGCCGCUUGAUGUCCUACUCUUGGAAGUCCUACUGAUGAUGGUUGUCCUUUUAAAAAGGAUAUUAAUUGAUAAGUCAAGACUAGAAUUCUUUUAUAUUUGGACCCUACACUGAUUUUUGUACCUGUUGAUUUCAUAUGAUUGCUGCUAGUGAAAUUUAGAAAAACACCAACAAUAUUGUCAAUUAUAACUAAAAUGCCGUCAUGGUGGGGAAAAUCCUGCUCUAAAGAUUCUAAGAAGAAGACAACCAAGGAGAAUUUUAUAGAUACAUUGCACAGGUUUAUAAGUUCAAGUGAUCAGAAAGGUACUGUAAAAUCAGCCGUGAAUCGUAAAAGAUGCAGUGACAUUGCCUCAGAGAAGGGCUCUCGAUCAAGAGCGGAGUCAAUAUCAACUUCUCCUUCCACUCAGGUAUCACGGUGUCAAAGUUUUGCAGAUAGACCAGUUGCCCAACCACUUCCACUUCCUGGUCUUCAGCAGGCGAUAUGCCGAACAUCCUCUGUAAUCAAUGUCUCAAAGCCAAUCUUGGAAAAACGUGGAAAACCUAAGUUGCUUUUGCCAAUGCCUACUCCAGGCCGUGUUCCAAGGAGGCCGGAAAUGGCAGAUACUGAUGGAGACUUAGCCACUGCAUCUGUGUCAAGUUACUGCUCCAUUGAUAGUGAUGAAGCCACAGACUCUCGCCUGCAUAGUCCUGUUGGGAAUGAUUUUGAUAGAGGAAUCAGGUGCAUAACAUUACUUUCCUGUUACAUUCUUUCCUUAGAGAUUGAAAGCUUACAUUUUAUCUAUUGUAGUGGGGUCCAAAGAGACCAGUCUUCUAUGACUGUUCGGAAGAGUUCAAUGGAGACUGCAAAACCAGCAAUGUCACUGCUAAAUGGCCAGAUUUUAUCUACGUCACCCAAGCGCGGGCCUUUGGGAAGUCAACAUAGCAUGAUGCAUGGUGCUCGCAAUGGCGCUUUUGGAAGUGCCCCAGAUAGCUCAAUGUCAAGUCCUUCUAGAAGUCCCAUAAGAGGGGUUUUCCCUGAACAGAUCCCCACCAAUGCAUAUUGGGCAGCAAAGCCUUACCCAGAUGUUACUUUUCUUGGGUCUGGCCAGUGUUCCAGCCCAGGCUCAGGACAGACAUCUGGGCAUAACUCAAUGGGGGGAGAAAUGCUGGGCCAAUUCUGGCAACACAGCAGGGGUAGUCCAGAAUGUUCUCCAAUUCCUAGUCCUAGAAUGACAAGCCCUGGUCCAAGCUCCAGAAUACAUAGUGGAGCUGUCUCUCCUCUCCAUCCAAGGGCUGGUGGUACUGCACCAGAAUCACCUACGAGUCGGCCUGAAGAAGUUAAGAAGCAAAGCCACCGUUUACCACUGCCACCAAUCAAUGUUUCUAACAGUUCUCCAUUUUCUCCAACUAACAUGCAAAUGCAAUCUGGUACUUCCAAUAUCCCUCGAAGUCCUGGAAGAACAGAUAACCCUCCAAGUCCUAGUUCACGUUGGAAGAAGGGAAAACUCAUAGGGAGGGGUACAUUUGGGCAUGUUUAUGUCGGCUUUAACAGUGAAAGUGGUGAAAUGUGUGCAAUGAAAGAAGUCACCCUUUUUAUGGAUGAUGCCAAGUCAAAAGAAAGUGCAAAGCAGCUUGGGCAAGAAAUCUCUCUCCUCCGGCAGCUGCGUCAUCAUAAUGUUGUGCAAUACUAUGGAUGUGAAACGGUAGAUGAUAAGCUUUAUAUCUACUUGGAGUAUGUGUCUGGUGGAUCUAUCCAUAAGCUUCUUCAGGAAUAUGGACAAUUUGGUGAACCAGCAAUUCGUAGCUAUACCCAGCAAAUUCUUUCAGGCUUAGCCUAUUUACAUGCUAAGAAUACAGUCCAUAGGGAUAUUAAAGGUGCAAAUAUACUUGUUGACCCAAAUGGGCGAGUAAAACUGGCUGACUUUGGGAUGGCCAAACAUAUUACUGGCCAAUCAUGCCCCUUAUCAUUCAGAGGUAGUCCUUACUGGAUGGCACCUGAGGUGAUAAAAACCAUGCAUGGAUGCAAUCUUGCUGUCGAUAUAUGGAGCCUUGGAUGCACAGUAUUAGAGAUGGCUACUUCCAAGCCUCCUUGGAGUCAAUAUGAAGGGGUUGCAGCUAUGUUCAAAAUUGGAAAUAGUAAAGAGCUUCCGACAAUACCUGAUCAUCUUUCAGAUGAAGGAAAGGAUUUUAUAAGGCAAUGCUUACAACGUGAUCCAUCUAAACGCCCUACAGCUGCUGAGCUUUUGCAGCAUCCAUUCAUCAGAAAUGCUUCCCCACUGGAAAAAUCAACUCUUGGUUUUAGCCCUCCUGAACAAGCUUCAGGGAUCUCAAAUGGUCCAAAUACCAAGUGUGUUGCCCACGCGAGAAAUCUAUCCUCCUUGGACAUGGAUGGACAGUCAAUGCAUCAACUAAGAAGUUCUAAAAUAUCCUCAAUCACAAGCGAUGCGCGCAUGAAGAACAUAUCUUGUCCCGUCUCUCCCAUAGGAAGUCCUCUCCUGUUUUCCAGCUCUCCACAGCACAUCAAUGGCAGAAUGUCCCCCUCCCCCAUUUCCAGCCCUAGAACUAUGUCAGGUGCUUCCACACCUCUUACCGGCGGCAAUGGCUCCCUCCCCUUCCACCAUCCAAAGCAACCUAUUUACCUUCAGGAAGGUCUUCCAAGCUCCCGGUGCGACCUUUUCAAUGGAAUCCUGCAAAGUUCGCCGGUAUCGAGGGAUCGAAUGGCUCCAGAUUCUGAUGUGCUUGGCCUUCAGCUUGGCAGCCAAAGGUAUGAUCUCCAUGAAUCUUAUGAAAGACCAGCAUUUUUUGUAGAUCAUAUUAAGUUAAAUCCUUCUCUAGAUCUUCAUCCCCGUUCACCUAACAUGAAUCGUAUACAUGGAAUUUGAUUGCCCUAAAAACCCUAAUUGGUAGAACAGUCCUGACCUAGAGAGUACUUUGAUGUUUGAUUGAUUGUGGAAGAUCUGUGCAAUCGUCAUAUGUAGGCUGAGAAGACGCAGGCCUUGUAAAAUGAAGGGGCAAAUUGACCCAUUGAAUAAAUUUUGAAUGUGAAGCUGGGGAUGCUACAGGAUUCUCAUCAAUGGUAUAUGAAAUUUGUUGGGUAAGGUUGUCUUA